GUGUUCAUGUAAACAACAUAAUGGCCGGCACUGCGAGGCAAGGGGUCCUCUGUUUGGCCAGGAAAUUUGCUGGCUUGGAAUUGAAUUCUAGACGAUCAGCGUGGACAGCGGUCUCCAAAGUCUUUCCGUAUGUUUCGAGUACAGACCAUGGCGGUGAGAAAAAGAAGGAGGUUCCUCAUGACUUCAGGGUGGUGUACCCUGAAUUCAUACCAGACCCGAAGCCAGAGUUUAGGAACAGACUCCGAGAAAAAUUGGAACGAAAGGACAUGUUGAAUCGCAGAAAUAUCAUGGAGAUUCCCGAGUUUUAUGUUGGCUCCAUUAUGGCUGUGACUGUUGCAGAUUUUAAUGCUUCCGGCAAGACUAACAGGUUCGUGGGAAUCUGCAUCCAGAGAGGAGGAUCUGGCCUCAGAGCAUGGUUCAUCUUGAGGAAUGUCAUUGACCAUCAAGGUGUGGAAAUUUUGUAUGAAAUGUAUUCUCCCCUUCUUCAAAGCGUUGAAGUACUCAGGCUAGAAAAACGCUUGGAUGAGGAACUUCUCUACCUGCGCGAUGCUCUGCCUGAGUACUCUACAUUUCCACUCGACAUGGAUGUGGAACCGGUGCUGGAAGGAGCCCCAGUCCCUGUCAAUCCAAUUAAGGUACAACUAAAACCAGGACCUUGGCAUGAAAGAUGGGAGAGGAAAGACUUGCAAGGCGUUUUAGACUUAGGCCUUCCCGAACGCUUUUACAAACGUGCCAAACUGCAUGAAAAGCCUUGGGAAAAGUAUGACCUUAUGAAAGAGUACAGAGCAACUAUCCCAGAGGAGGAGCAAGCAGACAUAUUCCAUGAAAUUGCGCCACAUUACCCACAGUUAGAGGCAUCAAGGAGACGCAUCAGGCGACGAAGGGUGCAGUCAGCACGUUCUUAAUUUAAUUUCCUGAUCAUCAGUAAAUAAAAUGAUUAGCCAUGUUCAUGUAUCUGUAUAAGUA